AUCCUUGUCAUGCUACUCAUCGUUUUUUCUCUAUCUCCGUCACUUGUUGGGAUCAUGGCUUCUGUGCAAGAGACUGUUCUGGUAGUUCCGGUCGGGAAGAAGAAUGCUAAGAAGGCGUCUGCUGGAACGAAGAAGCCUAAGGCUUCUCCGGCACAUCCGCCGUACAGUGAGAUGAUAAACGAGGCUAUAAUCGCGCUGAAGGAGAGGACUGGUUCGAGCCAGAUCGCCAUCGCGAAAUUCAUUGAAGAGAAGCAAAAAUCGGGUCUUCCGGCCAAUUUUAAGAAGCUUUUGCUCGUUCAGUUGAAGAAGCUUGUGGCUUCUGAAAAGCUUGUGAAGGUGAAGAAUUCAUAUAAGCUCCCGUCUGCCGCCGCUAAGAAGUCGGUGGCGUCAGCGAAGUCGGAAGCAGCGAAAGCGCCGGCGAAGAAGAAGCCUGCUGCGAGGCCGAAGGCUGUGACUAAAACUAAGUCUGCUUCUGUAAAGGUGAAAUCCACUCCCAUUAAAGCGAAGGCUGUGGUUAAGCCAAAGCCCAAGGGGAGACCGUCAAAAGCGGCCAAGAAGACUUCGACGGCAAAGUCACCAGGAAAGAAGGCCGUGGGAGCGGCAAAGUCUCUUAAGAAGACUCCGGUCAAGGCUGUGAAGAAAGGUCCUGUUAAAGCUCCAAAGAAGCCGAAGAGCAUAAAGUCUCCGGUGAAGAAGGCGAAGUAGUGAGGGAUGUGUAUUGGGGAGGGGAAGGUUCUGUAAAUCUGUGGGUGUUAGGAUUUGUGCUUUUCUAUUUCUCUCCAAAGAAACAUAAUUUUAGUUUAUCUUUAGUUGUAAA